UAAAAUAAAUGUCAACGUACUUUUCAUUUAUGCAGUGCCUGCAUACAAUUUGUAUGGAAUGACACUUAAAAUGGUUUUAAUUUCUUCAGGUUGGACAACGUGAGGAAUAAGGUGUGGGUGGCCACCAUUGGAGUCUUUUCUACAGGACUAGCAGUUCUUUCAAGUUUCGGGAUGCUGUUGUUAAUGGGUGCGAAGUUCGUCAUGACUGUUUCUACCUGCCCAUUCUUGAUACUGGGUAUUGGAAUUGACGACAUGUUCAUCAUGAUUUCCUGUUGGCAGAAGACCAAUGUCCAUGAUAGCGUGGUGGAUCGUCUGGCCGACACCUACCAAGAUGCCGCCAUCUCCAUCUCUAUAACCACGAUAACGGAUGUCCUGGCGCUGUACCUGGGAUACAGCUCACCCUUUCGCUCUGUUCAGACCUUCUGUCUUUACGCCGGCACAGCUAUCCUUUUCUGUUACAUCUACAACAUCAUAUUCCUUGGUGCGUUUUUAGCACUGAAUGGCCAGAGGGAAACUAGUAACCGGCAUUGGUUCACCUGUGUGAAGAUUCCAGUGGAUUGUCCUCCUGGGAAGUCGAGAAGGUAUGCAAUCUGCUGCGUUGGUGGGGCCUAUGAUCAUGACACCGGGACAGAGGAGGAGCAACCAAUUAGUGGCUUCUUUGGGAAGUAUUACGGUCCAUUUCUGACCCAGAAAUGGACCAAAGCGUCCAUUGUGGUUCUCUACGCCGGGUAUCUGGCUGUCAGCUUCUAUGGAUGUUUUGAACUGAAGGAGGGUAUUGACCUAGGGAACCUGGCUUCAGAUGAUUCCUACAUUUCCAAAUAUUACAAAGACAAAAGUACGCACUUCUCUCAUUAUGGUCCAAACGUUAUGGUGGCUGUUGAUAAGUCACUUGCCUACUGGGAAGAAGACCAACGCAAAACUCUCAGCUCCUGCAUUACAGAUUUUAAAAAGUUGGCAUAUGUUGACAAAAACUUCUUUCUUUCCUGGCUAGAUUCUUUCCAAGUUUUUGCAAAUGAUCUUGAAAUAAACUCUGAAAUUACCUUCAAAAGAAACCUGCUUCACUUCUUGGAAAAACGUCCAAUGACCUGGCAGGACAUUCAUUUCGAUGCAGAUAACAAGAUCCGCUCGUCUCGCUUCUUUCUUCAGACGCUAAACAUCAGCACGACAAAGCAACAGAAGGACAUGCUGAUAAGCCUCAGAAAAACUGCUAAAAAAUGCCCCAUCGCAUUAGUGGUUUAUCAUCCAUCGUUUAUCUACUUAGACCAGUACACUGUUAUUGUGGAUAACACCAUCCAGACGAUCGUGGUUGCCACAGUGUUGAUGCUGGCGAUCUCCUUACUCCUGAUACCCAACCCGCUCUGUUCGCUGUGGGUGGCGUUCUCCAUUGGGUCGGUCAUUGUGGGUGUAGUUGGAUUCAUGGCACUAUGGGACGUGUCCCUGGACUCAAUCUCCAUGAUAAAUCUGAUCAUCUGUAUCGGUUUCUCAGUCAACUUUUCCGCCCAUGUCUCGUACGCCUUUGUCUCGAGCACCAAGGCAGACUCGAACGAAAAGGCUGUGGAUGCGCUGGCCCACCUCGGGUUUCCCAUAGUGCAAGGAGCUAUCUCCACCCUUUUAGGGGUGGUGGCGCUCUCUUUCUCAGAAAACUACAUCUUCAGGACUUUUUUCAAACUCAUUUUUUUGGUUAUUACGUUCGGGCUGGUUCACGGUGUUGCUUUCCUUCCUGUGUUUUUGACAUUUGUUGGCAUGUGCACAAAUGGGUGAUGUAGAUAUGCAACACUAAAUUACAUGUAAAUAAAACAUACAAUAUAUAUAUUUUUUUAGAUGUUAGUGUGAAUGAAAUGUAAAAUAGGUUCAAACCAACUCACGCCACUAAGCUAUUCAUCGUCGGACAUAGUCAUUGGAUAUUGACUUGAUACCACACCUGUUAACAUUACAGCGUCAACCUUUUUGGUUACUACUCAGCAUGGUUUCUCUUCGUCUGCGAUUGAUUGGUCGGAUUUUUUUUUGUAUCUAUGUUUUUCUCUUUGUUGUAAUUUUAUAUUUUAUGUACUUAUACUGUAGACUUUAAGCUGCAUUGGCAAAACUUGUGUUCUAUAAAAGUUGCAAACUGUAUUAUAAAUAAAUGUUAAAAAAAUG